AUGGAUUAAAAAUCAAAUGAAAUGGAAAUGGCUAUGGUACAUUUAGCCAAACCAGAAAUUAAUGACUAAACAGAAGAAUACAAGGUUUACACAAGGAGAUAUAUAAUGGCAUCAUUUUUUGCAUUUUCCACAGUAUUUAAUAUCUAAAGUUUAAGAUCUGUUCAUCAAUGAUGUUUUCAACUUGUAAUCCAAUAGCAUCAGUUCUGUCAGCUAUAUAUGAAAUACCAACAUUUAUAAUAUCAUUAGCUGCUAAUGGAUUUUUAUUAAUGCAUCCUCUAUUGACUUUUGUAUGUAAUUCAAUCAAUCUUAAAAAAAAGAAACAUUUAUUGUCAAUUAAACAGAUAUUUCAGUUAGUCUUAAAAUAGGAUGUGCAUUAACAUUACUAGGUGCAUUAAUCAGAACUACCACAGUUAUCACAGAAAGGUUGCAUAGAUUUACUAAAAUAUAGAUUUUAUACUAUUAUUUUAGGGUCACUUGUUGCAGGAAUGGGAAGACCCUUUAUUAUCAAUAUUUAAGCAAAUGUUGCAAAAGAAUGGUUCAGACCGGAAGAUAAAACUACAGUUAUGAUUGCCUUUUCAUUCAUUAUUACAUGUUCAAGUGUAUUUGGGUAUAUUUUAAAUUAUAAUUAGUGUAAUAAUACCUGGCUAAAUGUUCAAAGGUUAUAAAUAUGAAACAGAUCCUGAAGAUGGUAAAUGGUUAACUGGAAGGUUGAUGGUUGUUGAAUUAGAAAUCUUUAGUGCUAUUUUAAUACCUGCCAUUCUUUUCUUUAGACCAAGUCCACCUACUCCACCUGGUCCUAUCAAUAAAUCAAGAGAUGAAUUUACUUAUAUGUAAUCGUUGAAAAUGACAGCAAAUAAUAAAAAUUUUGUAACAUAUUUAAUAUAAAUAAUAUAAUUAGAUCCUAUUGUUUAUAUGUUAUAGUCUAUUGAUGGGUGGGUUUCAUGCUCUAGCUGUUGUCAUUUCAUACCUUUUUAAUCCAUUUGGUUUUACUCCCUCUUAAACUAGUUUCAUAUGUAAAUUAUUUAGAUUUUUACAGUUUAGAAAGUUCUCCUAUUAUUUGUGGAUUUGUUAGUUCUGUUAUGUAUUCUAUAUUAAUAAGAAAAUAUCAUUUGAAUCAUAAGAAAAUAGUUUUAUUUAAUUUAAUCCCAGUAUUAGCUAGUUUAGGAUUGAGUUACUUUGCAUUAAUGACUGAAAGUUUACCUCUUGUUUUAUCAUGUUAUUCAGUAUUAUAAUUUAUUUUAAUAGGUUCUUGGCUUUUUUGUGAUUCCUUGCAUACCAUUAUAACUUGAAUUAGCAUGCAAAGUCUUACAUCCUAUAAAUUAAACUAUAGCAGUAGGAUUUUUAUUAGCAGGUGUUCAUAUAUGGAGUUUUGUAUUUGGCGAGAUUCUCUCAUUAAUAACUCAUGAUUAAAAUAAGUAUAUUUUUAAUAUUAUUAUUAGAACUCAAGCUUUUUAUGGAUGUUUAUUAUUAUUUUUAUCUUUUCUAGCUGCUGCUAUUUGUUUCUCUAGAGUUCAAUUACCUAAAGAUGAGGGAGAAAAUACUUCAGUGAACCAAUCUACUUAAGAAGCUAUAUGA